AUGAAGAAUAUUAAUGGAGCAAUCCCCACGAGGGAUGGGGGUGUGCCACCUGUUUCUGGGCCUACGCCUACGGGCUACGGUUCUGGGCUUACGCCUGCAGGCUACGGUUCUGGGCCUACGCCUGCGGACUACGGUUCUGGGCCUAUGCCUCUGGGCUAUGGUUCUGCGAAAAAUAUGACCUUUGCGCCUGUUGCACCAAUUGCGCCCUUUGCGCCGGCUAUGCGUCACGUGCCUACUGCUCACGCUGAAAGGCCGAAAAAGUUCAACGGAACGAACUUCAAACAGUGGCAGCAGAAGAUGUUGUUCUACCUGACCACACUGAAUUUGUCUCGCUAUCUGAGGGAAGAGACACCUAUGCUCACUGCUGAGAGCGAUACGCAGGCGGUGUUUGCUGUUGAUGCAUGGAAGCACUCCGACUAUAUCUGUCGGAACUAUGUGCUGAAUGGUUUGACUGGCCCGCUGUAUGAUGUGUACAGCUCGAACGUAACAUCUAAGGACUUAUGGGAAUCACUUGACCGUAAGUAUAAAACCGAAGAUGCCGGUGCCAAGAAGUGGAUUGUUGGACGCUUUCUUGACUACAAGAUGGUGGAUUCCAAGACUGUUGACAGUCAGGUGCAAGAAUUGCAACUGAUUAUUCAUGAGAUGCAUGCCGAGCGGAUGGGUCUCACUGAAUCUUUUCAAGUUGCCGCUGUGAUAGAAAAGCUGCCUCCUGGAUGGAAAGAUUUCCAAAACUACCUUAAGCAUAAGCGAAAGGAGAUGACUAUGGAGGAUCUGAUUGUUAGACUUCGCAUUGAAGAAAAUAACAUGGGAUCCGGAAAGAAGCCUAUUGCCGGUGAAAAGGCAAAUAUGGUGGAGCAUGCACAAAGCUCCAAGUCCAAGAAGACCAGUUCCGGGAAAGGGUCUAAACUGACACCCAAAGGAGGAGUUUCGAAGCCAUCGAAGCCUAAGAAGAACAACAUGAAGAAGGAAGCAAAUAUGGUGGACAGUAUCUCAAAGGACAUGUCCGACAUAGACCUAUGUGCUACGGUCUCCGAAGUAAACCUGGUUGGCUCCAAUCCAAAGGAAUGGUGGAUUGAUACAGGAGCAUCUAGGCAUAUUAGUUCCGACAAGGCGACUUUCUCUAGCCUUAUAGCUUCUGAUGCUGAUGAGAAGCUAUGGGAAACUCUGCGACUUCUACCAUUGAAGGGGAAGACACGGUGA